AUGGGCAUUGAUGCGAAAGAAACCAUCGCAAUAUUAUGGAAAAUUCUUGGAUAUUCGAUGAGUAUGAGCAUCAAGUUCAUGAGGAACCAUCCGAUUUUGUCAGGGGUUUCAAUGUUUUUACUCGUGCUAUACAUUUUCCUUCCUUCUCUCUUGUUCUUUAUGAUCUACUCGUCACCGGUUCUUGCAUGUGCUCUAGUGUAUGCCCGCGAAAGGCUAGGAUUGAGAUUUUCAAGUUUGUAUUCGUCUUCAGAGCCAAAAAGUUGUAAAGGAGAAAAGAUAUGUCAUUUAAAACAACAACGAAGUGUUAGACGAAAUGCUAGAAUGAAAGUUGAAGAAUGGGAUUCACAAACAAGCGAGGAAGAGAAAGACAAAGUUAUCUUGACUUCUCUUUACAAUGACUUUCUUGGUCGUACCCCUCAAUUCGAAGAGUCUCCCAAAGCUAUAGAAACCAAUCUAGUAAAAGAAGACAAUAAGAAGAAGGUUAUUCGUGGAGAGGAAGAAGAAUCGUGUGAUCUUAAUUUUGAAGAACCAAUGGUUUGUAGCUGUGAAAUCAAAUAUGAAGAACCGUCGAAUGGUAAAGAAGAGAUAAGUAAUGUUAAUGAACAUGGGAUUUCAGAGAUUGAGAGAAAUAAGAGACUAGAGUCUCUAAUCGCUAGAAGAAGAGCGAGGCGGCUCUUUAGACUAGCUUUAGAUCAAAGAAGUAAGCUUCAAGCUGAAGAAACAACUAGCCCUCGAAAGAACAACAACCACCUUCAAAUUACGGUUUUGAGGAACUCACUUGAAAGACAUCGAAAUAAUUCUUCUGAUGCUACUACUGAUAGAGGAUUACAGAUUCCAGGCUCUGCGCCUUCUGUGAUGUUACAAGGGAGAAACCCUUUUGAUAUUCCUUAUGAUCCUCAAGAGGAAAGACCUAAUCUUACUGGAGAUAGCUUUGAUCAAGAGUUUUCAUUGUUUAAUAACCACAAAGAUAUGUUCUUUUGUCGUCAUGAGAGCUUCUGUCGCUUUGCUCAUUUUUCUCCAGAACAUGCUCAGUGUACGAACAGCCCAGUUUCUUCUUCAGACAUUUCAACUACUAGAAAAUUUUUAGAUUUGGACAAUGAGUAUAUGGAUCAUACUGAACAUGUGCUCCCAUGUAAUGUCAAAGAAGCUACAAUAGAGAAAGAUGAUAAAAGCGUUGAGAGUGAAAAAACCGGAGAAGGAGAAAUAGAGAUGAAUGACGAGACAGAUUCAAACAAAGAAGAAGAUGAUGAUGAUUCAAGUUGUUCAGAAGAAAGUGAGUCAGAACUCAACCGUUUGAACAAAGCAGAGCUUAGGGAAGCUAUAUGCCAAUCCAUGGAUAAUUAUCCCGGUUAUCUUGUGAAUCAAACAAGAAAUAGUAUUCCAGCAACAUUGCCAAGAGGUUUAGUAGCCCCAAGACUAGAAGAUCACAAUAUGUUUUACACUCGCAAAUGCGGAAAUUCGCAUAGUCGAACAUUUUCAGUUGCCUCAGAUAUGCAAGUUGAGGUCUCAGAGAUAGGUUCACCUCCUACAACAGUUGAUUGGCUUGAUGAUUGGUCUAAUGGCGGGGAAUCUUACAUUUAUGAUACAGAUAUUGAUAGAGAAAUUGUCUGCGAUGAAGAAUCGCGUAAGAGGAUCUCUCACCAAUAUGAAUCAAGAAGUGGAAUAGAUUCAAAAGAGGAGAAUAAUGAAUCUGCAUGGAUUAAACUUGAGACCAAGCUAGAUCAAAAUUGUGUGGUUGAUCAAAACCUAAUAACAGGUGAUGAUAUGUCAUUUUUAGAUAGAAGAAGCCACAAUGAAGACAUUCUUGAGCAUAAACCUUCUAGUUCUAGUGAUGUGUCCAAGCCCAGAAGAUCUGCAAAACUUGAAGGCAUGUUGUUCCAUACAAGUGCGUCACUGUCUUCUAUAACAGAAGAACCUGAAAUAAUCUUAGACUCAAUAGAUGGGGAAAGCUCAGAAAAUAUGAAUAAUUUGACUAAAGAACUAAGUGAUCAGAGACCUAUGAUUACUCAUGAUUCAUCCAUGAAGAAUUUGAUUGAUGAAGAAGUGGUUGAUAUGCAACAAGUAGUAAAUGAUGAUCUUUCUGUAUCGCCUAAGGUUAUUGUAUUAGAUAUCAUUGAUCAUCAGCAGAAAGAUCAUAUAUUGAAUAGCACCAUUCAAGGAGAACAUGAGGUAACUAAGAGCCCCUUGGAUGCUUCUUUGGACACAACCUAUAUAGAAUCAUUUGAAAGAGAGGUAGAAGAAGAAGAACCAAACUUAAACAAUUUUGUUAAGGAAAUAACAAAACAACAAGAAAAUGAGGCAUGUCAAAGUGAUUUGAAGAGUUCUCUAGGGCAUGUUCUUACAGAGUUACUAGAAAAUGAGGCAAUGGGAGAAAAUGAUCAAAAACUAGUCAAAGGUAUUGAUGAGAAAGUAACGCCAAUAGAGGAAGAGAAAACUCAUAAUGUCUUGGAAGCAUCUUCAAGCCAUCACUCUCAAGAUUCACAACUAUGGACUCAACAGUGUGGUAUAUAUUCUAUUUCUUCCCAAAGGAUAUCACCAAAAACAUUGGAGAUCACCCAACAACUAGAGCAAGAAGAUGUUAUUGUUCCUGCAAACACUGUCUCUCAAGAUAUUAAUAAAGAGGAACUCGGUGCAGUAGCCAAUGACUUAGCUGCUAGUGAAAGCAAUAAUGAAGAUAAUCAAAAACUCUUUCAACAAGUUGAAGGUAUGGAAAAGAAGAUAGAGCUUGAUUUAGAAUCAUUGUACCAUAAUAUUGGUAUAGACGCUCCAGAAAUCGACGAUGAAGCAUACAAGAAAGUGAAUGGGGAAAUGCAAAAUGCAGGGAUCCAAACAACAAAAGACGAUCACAUAGUCUUAGAAGAAUAACAGAUUGAUGAUACACAGUGGAUCAUGACGAAGAAAAUAAGUAAAGUUGCACAUAAGGUCUAUUUCACCACAAGGAACUUAACGGUAGAUACAUCAUUCAAUGAAAAUUUGUUACAGAUUCUUUUUAAAAAAUUUGAUUGAUUUAUCAAGUGAAACAAAUUGUUGUAACAUUUAUUUAAUGUACUUUUUUGUUGAAUUAAAAUUUGU